AUGGUUCAUGCAGAUGGCUCCUCCGGCCGCAGCCUCUGGGGCAGCAAGGCCGUGUUCAGCGGCCGGCACUGCAGCGCAGGGUACUGGCAGCUGGCCGAGGGGCGCUCGGUGCCAGCGCUGGACGAGCUGAGCGUGUGCGUGGCGCUGAGCCGGAGGAUAACCUCGCCGAAGUGGACCGCGUUCACGUACAAGCAACAGGGCGGGACCAGGUGGAGCACCGCCGUCGACCUGCCCCUGACCGACUGGCACACGGUGUGCCUGAGCUGGUCGGGCCGCUCCCGCGACCUGCGGCUCUACGUCAACGAGAGCAGCGUCCUGGAGGCGCGCCUCAACGAGACCGCGCCCGGCCAGCCCUGCUGCCCCGCCGCCAAUGGCACCCUCACCCUGGGGGCGUCCCAUGGCUUCGCCAACGGGCAGGUCGUCGUGGAGACGGGGAGCAACUUCUUGGGGGAGAUGUCCCUGUUCCGCAUGUGGGGCAGGGGGCGGGGGGCCAACUUCAGCUGCUCGGAGGGCGACGUGGUGCGAUGGGACUCCCAGGACUGGGACACGCAGGGCUGCCCCCCCCAGCCUGAUGCUGGUCUGCAGUGCGGAUGGUCUUUGUAUGAAAUUCAGAUGAAGGUUUGCAUAAUCCACCAGGACAGUAAUAAGACUCAUGCAAAUUCACUGGAGCAUAUUGUGAAUCUCUGGCUAACCACCACGUUUCCUAGCAACAUAUCCGUGCUUACUAUCUCUGUUUCUCCUUCAGCAAGGAACCACAGUCUUCAUGCGCAAAACACAGAGGGAGACCAGGAAAGAAGACCUUUUCUGAAGGCACCAGUGAAAGUCAGGUUUGAAUGCCUGGUGUACGUGAGUGUCACCCCCAGCAUUGAUGUGAGUGAAGCCCAGGCAGAGAUCUGCAGGCUGCUGAGUGUGAAGUACAGCAACGAGAUGCUGACCCUCAACACUGAGCCCAACAGCACAAGGGUCAAUCCUGUGGAGGCCCUGCCCACGGCCACCCCACUCCCCUCCAAUUCCCCGGGCAACACCACAGCCUUCACCGAUCCUGCCAGCAGCACUCCAACAGAGCCUGAGGUUUCUGCAGUGACAGGCUCUCCCGCUGUUACCUUGCCAACUGCAGCUUCCUCCUUCAGCCCCAGCAGUGCUUCUUCAGACCCAGGUCACCCAUGGACGGACAAGGGACAAAAAAGCUCAGACAUAUUUUUCAUGGUCAUACUGAAUGUGAUUGUGACGAGUGGCAGCCAGGAUCCAGCAGAGACCAUCCAAACCUGGCUUCGAAACACACUGGAGUUCGAAUGGAUGUUAGUUCUGAACUUUGCCCUGCUAGCUAAGGCCCACAGUCAGAUGCCUUCAAUCUUUGAACACGGUAUUCCAGGAAUGUAUAAGACCUCCAUGCCAAUGCAGCCAAGCCACGGCUGUUCCUUUCAGGUUUGCGUUCACAGGCCGCAGUUCAACAUCACAGAAACCGCGGAGCUGAUUUCGGGUCUUCUGAUUAGGCCGUACACCAAUGGCUCCGUGAGUGUGGAGGCACGCCCUGAGGAAAUCACCAUCACAUACAUAGAACCGGGAUGGUGCCCUGAGCGGGCGGAGUUGACCGAGCGGGGCCUGUAUGUGUGGCCACAGACUGAGGCUCUGGGGCGGGUCAGCCAGCCCUGUAAAGGGGCUGCCACUGAGGAGGCCUCCAGAGUCUGUGGGGUGAAUGGGACGACGGGCAAGGCGACCUGGGCUCCCCCAGACCUGCAGCUCUGUCCAUCAGUGGAGACCACCAUCUCAGAUCUGAGCCAGAUCAACAUCACUGCCAAUAACUCAGUGGAUAUGGUGGACAUAAUUGGGGACCUUAUGGGAAACAGCAUGCACCUGCCCCUCUCCCUGGUUGAGAUUGUACUGGACAAGCUGGUGGAGGUGGUGAAUGUCAGCCAGCUCUCCUCCUCCAUGGCUUCGGAUAUGGUCAGCAUCAUCGAUGACAUCUUACAGCACGGGAGCGACCUGUCGUCUGUCACCAACAAGAUCCUGAACAUUACAGGCAGUAUUGGGGACAAGGUCUUGUGCGAUGGGUCCGCAUACAACACCACCACACCCUCCCUGGCCUUGUCACUCGUGAAUGUGAACUCGUCCCAGUUUGACGGCCUCACCUUUGGGGUGUCCUCUUUCUCCCAUGGCCUGGACCCCAAGAUCUACAUCAAUGAGAAGCUCCUGAAUGACAUGGUGGCAUUCAUCUCUCUUCCGCAAGAAGUAGAGGACUUCUUUCCCCAGGGCGAAGGGACCCAGUCUCGCAUUCAGUUUCAGUUCUACGGGACGCCUGAUCUCUUCCAGGACCCUGGAAAUGGGCUGGAACUGUACACCCACGUGGUGUCGGCAAGUAUCACGAAUGCCACCAGGGACAUCAAAGACCUGGAGCAGUCAGUCAGGGUCACCCUCCACCACCACACACCGAACGUGCACAAGGAUAAGGUGGAGUGUGUGUUCUGGAACUUCCACAGUAAUGGCAAUCGAGGUGGAUGGGACAACACAGGGUGUGAGAGGAACAGCACCACUGCCAACCACACCACCUGCCUGUGUAACCAUCUUACACACUUUGCCGUGUUAGUGGACAUGUCCAGGUAUAAACUUAGCAAGAAGGACGAGAGGAUCUUGAGUGUCAUCUCCAACCUGGGCUGCGGCGUCUCCAGUGUGUUCCUGGGCAUCAGUUUGCUGACAUACUCAGCAUUUGAGAAGCUGCGUAGAGACUACCCAUCCAAGAUCCUCAUAAACCUGUCCCUGGCCCUGCUGGGCCUCAACCUGGUCUUCCUGGUGAACUCGUGGCUCUCCUCCUACGGCAACGUGCUGUGCGUUGCCGUGGCAGCCACCCUGCAUUACUUCACCCUGGCCUCCUUCACCUGGAUGGGCCUGGAGGCCGUGCACAUGUACCUCGCUCUGGUCAAGGUCUUCAACGUCUAUGUACCCUCCUACAUGUUCAAAUUCUGCAUUCUGGGCUGGGGUGUCCCGCUGGUGAUAGUCGGCACGGUCCUGGCAGUAACGCCGGAGGCCUAUGGCAGCAAGCUCUAUGAAGACAGCCCAGAGUCACCCGUCAGCACAGAGCAAUUUUGUUGGGUCCAGCACAACGUGGUGUUCUACGUUUCCGUGGUGACCUACAUCUUUCUGAUCCUGAUCUGCAACAUUUCGGUGUUCGGGCUCGUCUUGGUUCAGAUUCGGAAAAUGCAGGUCAACAGGCCAGCAGGCACCCAAAAUGGCCUUUCGCAAGACCUGCGCAGCGUGGCCAGCCUCACCUUCCUCCUUGGCCUCACCUGGAUGUUAGCUUUCUUCUCCUGGGAACCAUUCAAAGUGCCCCUGUUCUACCUGUUUGCAGUCCUCAACAGCUUGCAGGGGUUCUUCCUCUUCCUGUUUUACUGCCUGAUGAAGGAGAACGUGCGCAAGCAGUGGAGGGUCCACCUGUGCUGCGGCCGUUUCAAAUUGAACGACCAAUCAGAAUGGAGCCGGUCCAUGGGGGUCGGCGGGAAAUCCAAACCGAACCAGAUGGGCCGCACGCCGUCCGUGAAAUCCGACGAUUCCAACGAAACCAGAAGAACCUCCAGCUCUUCCAACUCUGGUCAACAGCAGCCCAGUAGCUUCCGGACCAGCCUGGACCUGAUGUAUGAAGAUGGUGUGGUUUUUCCUCAAACCUACACGGGCGCCUCCAUUCCCCCGUUCAGAGAAGCCCCUCUGUACUCCACCCACAGAUUAAGACACUGAGAUGCCCUCCUGGAGACGCUCAGUCCUCCAUUUUGAGAUCUGUCAGUGAAUCAUGUGCUGCUAUUCUGUCCUUUUUUUGCUUCUCAUUUCCUCUGUUUGCUCUUCUUAUUUUAUCUUGCUACCAAGAGUUUUGUGUUUUUGUCUGAAUGUUUUUUUUUUUCAAAUUUACCUGGAAACUAGUUGGUGAAAUGAAAAAUUAACUGCAUUAUAUGGCCAUCAAAUAGAAUUCCAUUUGAAAUUAUUUGAAUAGAUUAGGAGAUCAACAAUUAUACUGUAAAACAUUCUGCGGCUUACUGUCUGUACAAUUAUACUGUGAUAUAUGAUACAUAAUUCUUUUUAGCAUAUUAAUAUUAACAUAAGAAGUACAUUUUAGGAUUUCUAUGUACAAUUUCAUCACUAAAAAUGUGAUUUUCUUUGGAUUUUAGCUUUGCAUU